AUGAGUUAUCAAUUCCAAACUGAACAUCCUGAAAAUCCUAAAAUGGUACGAGCUUGCGUUUUCAUCGAUUCAAGUAAUCCUGAUUUACCAAAUCAAAUCAUGAGCAAUUCUUCCCAUCCUUUCAUAAAACCACCAUUCCCACCUCUCAUCGAUCCAAAAGAUCUAUUGAUCAUAGGUAAAGAUAAUAAACCAUCUCGUUCUCCGAACGCGUUCAUCAUUUAUCGCAAAGUUUUCUUUAAAACCACCAGAGAUCAAGGGUAUUUCUUACCAAUGACCAUCGUGUCCUCCAUGGCGUCCAAAUCUUGGGACCAAGAAUCUGAGGAAGUGAGGGGUUAUUACAAAUUACUAGCCAAGGAAGCUUACAAAUAUCGAACCGAAAGGUUUCCCAAGAAAAUCAAGCGAAGAAGAAAGAAGGAACCUUGGAGCGCUGAUAUCGCUUUUCAAAAUGAUUUAUAUAAUACAUUUUUUGAUGAGACGAAUGAUACAAAGUCAAAGAAAAGUUCAUCAUCAUCAUCCUCUUUUCCGGAAUUUCGAAUGGAACAAAUAGACCAAUCACCACUUCUCUCUCAAGAUUCGAAUAGUAACGUCUCUUCACAGAUUUCUUCACCAAAUUUAGAACAACAAGGUUAUGAUGCCUCAUCAUUUAACGAAAAUCUUUUUCAAGAAUUCAGCGCAUCGAAUAAUAGUAGCAGCAUGCCAUCUCCGAUUAUUAUGUCGAACGAUGUAUUAACUCAAAACUCGGAUCAACCUUAUCUGUCGAAUGCGGAAUUCAAUGUACAGUUAAAUAACGAUUUUCCAAUUAAUUAUGUUGGACCGUAUCAAUAUGAUCAAUUUGAUCAAAAUUUAUCAUGCCAAAACAAUUUUCCUAAUCAAAUCGAUUCGGCUGAUUUCAUUCCAUACAAUAAUGAUUUAAACACGUAUUCCAAUCAAAUCGAUUAUCUCAAUUAUAACAAUUAUUUACUAAAUUCGCUACCAUAUCAAGGGAUUUGUGUAAAUUCCAAUGGAUCAGAAUACGAAAAUUCUCUUCAGUUAUAA